UUGAAAACUGUUCCUUCUGGAGCAUUCCGGCCACUACGAUCUCUGGAGAUGCUGGUUCUCGACAAUAACUUUCUGUCCUCAAUGAGUCAAUCGGCUUUGGAUGGACUGAGGAACUUACAGGAACUCUACCUGAGGAACAACAAGCUGCUGCACAUCCCAUCUGAAGUUUUCAGCAACACGCUCAAACUUUCUCAGCUGGCACUCAGCGGGAAUGACCUGAAGGCCGUAACCGGUAACGUCUUCAGACAUUUGCCAGAACUUAAAAAGCUAUACCUUCAGGAUAACCCAUGGCAUUGUGACUGCGAUAUUAUGUCCCUGGUAAAGUGGAUUGAAGAGAACAAGGCCACCUUGUCACCCCAAGAUGCCCUGAAGUGUGUAAGCCCUUCCGAGCUCAGAAACAAACGCUUAAUGAGCCUUCAAGUUGGGAAUAUGAAUUGUAGUGGGUACAUCUACUGA